CUCCAAUCCCAUUCCCUGCAAAAACAAACCCCCCCUCUCUCUCUCCCUCCCUCUCUCUCUCUCUCUCUCUGUUCCUUCCCUCUCUCAGUCAAAAAUGGAUCAUCCCAAAUUCGUGAUUGAAGCUUCCGAAGCCGAAUCUAUGGCCAAAUCCUCCGGUCUCACUCUCAAACAGCUCCUUCCUUCCCUCGUCAAGUCCGCUCAGACCCUCGCUCGCACCCCCAUUUCCAACUUCAACGUCGGAGCCGUCGGCGUCGGCCCCUCCGGCCGAAUCUACUUUGGCGUCAACCUCGAGUUCCCUGGUCUCCCUCUUCACCACACCGUUCACGGAGAACAGUUCCUCGUCACUAAUCUCUUCAUCAAUGGCGAGACCCAUCUCGAUUAUCUCGCCGUCUCCGCCGCCCCUUGCGGCCAUUGCCGCCAAUUCCUCCAAGAAAUUCGUGGCGCUCCCGAUAUCAGAAUCCUCAUCACCUCCGAUGAGAAUCCAGAUUUCACUCCCUUGCCCAAGUUUCUCUCUCACCGAUUCGGUCCCCACGAUCUUCUUCCCCACGAUACUCCUCUUCUCUUAGAACAACGUCACAAUGGGUUAAGUUUCUCCGGCGAAACCCAUAAUCCAUCACCCACGGGCUUCGUCUGUAUUAAUAAUGGCUAUCACCCAAAUGAGAAAUUGAAGUUUGCAGCCUUGGAGGCUGCGAAUAAAUCUCAUGCACCAUACAGUGGAUCACCCUCUGGGAUUGCUCUGAUUGAUUCUGAUGGUAAGAUUUACAAAGGGUCGUAUAUGGAAUCGGCGGCGUAUAACCCGAGCAUAGGUCCGGUUCAGGCGGCCUUGGUGGCCUACGUCGCCGGCGGCGGUGGCGACUACGAGAAAAUUGUUGGUGCGGUGUUGGUGGAGAAAGAAGCAGCAGUGGUGAGACAGGAACUUACCGCGAAGCUUCUGUUGCAAUCAAUAUCAUCACAAUAACACGAGUCAUGAGAAUCUUGCUGUAGCAGAGACAAAAGUCAGAAGAGAAACUGAACUGUAAAAUAUCAGCUUGUUUGAUGUGACCCUUUUAAUACACACACACACAUAUUGUAUCUGAGGUGAUUGAAGGUAAGGACAAGAAUUGGGUGGAGGGGGUCUAUUGUGUAUGAUCAUUUUGAGUUCUCAAGUUGUCAAGUUAGGUGGAAACCCAUGGACGGUGUGCAAUAAUUCAUCCUCUAGUGGCUUUGUGAUUCAAGCAAAUUUAAUAACGCACCUCAAUGAUCCUUGUGUGAUGUAUGUAAAAUUGUAUAUUUUAUAUAUUGUGGUCUUGAAUUUAUUGGUGUUUAAAUUAUAUGAGCAUGUCAGCAUGUGCCAAUGUUCAUGUUUUGGAA